AGCAACAUGAUCAACAAAGCCAGCUUUCUUCUUCUCUCUGCUCUCCUUAUCUGCUGUGGAGCAGAAGACACAGAGGGCUUAGAGCAGAAGGCUGAAGUGCACUGUCUUCACACUUGCCCUCAGUUCUGGACUCCUUAUGGUACCCGCUGUUUCAAGUUUGUCUCCAAAGCAAGAUCAUGGGCCGAAUCUGAGCUUCACUGUUUGGCGAUAGGAGGGAAUCUGGCCUCGGUGCACAGCAUAGAUGAGUACAGCUUCAUCCAGGAACUGAUCCUCGGACACACUGAAGGCACUCCUCGUACUUGGAUCGGAGGAUGUGAUGCUGCUCAGGAGGGUCUGUGGUUUUGGAGUGAUGGGUCCAGGUUUGAUUACACUACCUGGGCUCCUGGUCAGCCUGAUAACGAUAACCAUGGUGGACAGGAGCAUUGUGUGGAAAUGAAUUUUCCAGAUGCUCUGCUCACAUGGCUUGAUGUUGUGCGGGAGGAUAAAGAGCUUGUUGUCACAGAUGAUGUAGCAGUCCUCAGCAAACCACCCCUAGCUGAUCUGUCCUCAAUUUCUCCAUGCACACACAAGGAAGCUGAUACCCGCAUGUUAUUCAUGUGGCUCAUGCAGCACAACAUGGUCACCAGAGAAUUAUGA